UGUAUUAAAUAUGUCACACGUGACAUAGCGUGAGCCAGACAUGCAUAUAUAUAAAGGGCAGUGUUUAAGUACUUGACGACUUGACGUUUAGAUUUGACCACGAGUGGUAUUCUUAAAGUGAAAAUCAUUUAAAGGAGCAGAAAUGAGUAUCUUAGUCACAGCGUUACGAUCAGGGAAUUUGGAAGUUGUGAAAGAGAAAUUCUCACGACCGGGGAGUCAGGUAAACACGCCAAUUCAACAUGGACGCAGUCCUCUUCAUAUUGCCGUUCAAGCUCAAAAGCUGGACGUCAUGAAGUACCUAGUAUCGAAAGGAGCGGAUGUUAAUUUAGCUGACGAGGAUGAUUGUUCUCCAUUGUACUACGCAGUCAUGAAUGAGAAUAGCAAUCUUGUGGAGUACUUGCUGAAAAUGGGUGCAGAUCCCGAUGGAGAAGACCCAGAUGGGAAAAAAUUGAUGGACACUGCAAAAGACGAGAAGAUAAAAUCCAUGUUGAAGAAUGCUUAAACUUUUGGAAACGACACAGCCGGGCUGAAGGGUUGAACAUAGUGUGAAAUAAAAAUAUCUUAGCGAUGGCUGAGGAAUAACAUAA